CAUCCAUGCCUUCUUCUAAAUGCCUAGGUACUUCACAUAUACCUACACAAACCAAACUCAGUCCCCGCUGUCGCAAGGCAACCGUCAGGCUGAGCCUGCGUCUGACCGAUCAUCCAGCGCCAUGUUACUGCACAGCAACCCUCGCCCAGACCUAACUUCAUGAUUCGUCACAUUCAUUCUCUAACCUCCCCUUCCCUCUUGCUCCAUCUCCCAGGUCCGACAUCAUCGGUGACACCAAUCGGCCCAUUGUCAGCAAUCGUGCGGCGGGGACACACACGCCGGGGUCGUCUCGUCUCCAUACGAAUACAACGACAUCAUCCAAUGCCGUCGUCCGUCUGCGCACAGGUCAGCCUUUCUCCUCUCUCCCCGGACAUAGGGCUGAGGUACCUGUCCUAUCUGUCUGACCCCCCCCCCCCCCGACGCACGUUCCGCUACAUCGGACUACCGCUUCCUGCAGGGGUCAGCCCAUUAGCUUCACGUCAAUGUCCUGCAACCGCUUACACAGACAAUGGCGUCUUCUCCGAACAGUGUAAUCAUGGCAAGGAAGUGACCAAGAUCGAACGGCGGAAGCCGACAGCCAAGCAGCCACCAUCCGUCGGGAGGACAGGACAAUUGGCCGCGAAACGCAGCCAUCAACUCAACUAAUUAGAACCAUCGAUGGUCUAUUCGGUCCACAUCUAUCUGUCUACCCAUGCCUCGGUGUCACAAAACUCGGCCAUGUGUCGAGGACACACAGCACCUUACGAUGCGCCUUGCCCACUGACUCCAUCUCGUUAUGUCGUCCGUCAGGAGCACCGCCAUCCGCCGUUUCCACCACUUGAUACACGCAGUUUUAGUGACAUGACGUUAAAUAAAACAGGAUCCAUAUGCUGUGCCGCCUUGGG